AUGGCCGAUGCAGAGGUGGUUUGUAGGCAGCUGGGCUGUGGGGCUGCCAUUGAAGCUUCCAAGCGUGGCAAUUUUGGGCCAGGAUCUGGCUUCAUCUGGAUGGAUGAUGUGAACUGCAACAGCACCGAGUCUUCCCUGUCUGACUGCAAAUAUGGAGGAUGGGGCAAACAUAAGUGCUCCGAGAUACAGGAGGCUGGAGUGAUUUGUUCAGGAUUUGUGCGUCUGGUGGGAGGGCAGAGCCACUGCUCAGGACGUGUGCAGGUCCAUGCCGAGGGACAGUGGAAAGGCGUCUGUGGCUCCCACUUUGGUGCCCAAGCUGCCGCUGUGGCCUGCAGGGAGCUGCGCUGCGGCGGGGCCCUGUCUGUGUCUGGCACAGCUGCCUCUGGAGCGGGGCUGGGUGCCAGCUGGGACAGAGAGCUGCGCUGCGUGGGGAAUGAAUCCCAGCUCAUCUCCUGCCCCACGGGGCCCUUGGGGGAGCGGCCCUGCAGCCAGCAGGACAGCGCUGUCCUCACCUGCACACAGUACGCAGGGUUCAGGCUGGCCAACGGCAGCACAGCGUGCGAGGGGAGGGUGGAGGUUCAGCUGCUGGAGACCUGGGGGACCCUCUGUGCCUCGCGCUGGGAUCUGGCCGAUGCCCACGUUCUCUGUGGGCAACUGGGCUGCGGCUUUGCCGAGUCCAUUCCUGGAGGAGAGCGUUUCGGCCCGGCGCCCGGCCCUGUCUGGAGAGACUCCUUCCACUGCGACGGGACUGAAGCCCGGCUGAGCCAGUGCCCAGUGACCACGCUGGGGGCCUCCCCGUGCUCCCGCGGGAACAACGCCGCGCUCAUCUGCUCAGGCCCCGUCGGCUCCGGGUCCCUGCGGCUGGUGGGGGGAGGGAGCCGGUGCGCCGGGCGAGUGGAGAUCUUCCAGCACGGGACGUGGGGCAGAGUCCUGUCUGAGCAGUGGGACGUGGCGGAGGCCCGUGUGGUGUGUCGGCAGCUGCGGUGCGGAGAGGCAGAGACGGCCUACAACCCGCCCAAGGCCGAGCGAGGGCCGGGCCCCGUGGGGCUGCGAGGGGGUGGGUGGGCAGCUGGCCCCCGCCGCCAUCUGGGCUCCGUCCCUGCCACAGGGAGCCGGCGCGUGCGGCUGGCGAACGGGCCCGGGCGCUGUGCCGGGAGAGUGGAGAUCUACUCCCAGGGCAGCUGGGGCAGCGUCUGCGACGACGGCUGGGACCUACCCGAUGCCGCCGUCGUGUGCCGGCAGCUGGGCUGCGGAGGGGCCGUGCGGGCGCUGGGCUCUGCCGCCUUUGGGGAGGGCUCCGGGCACAUCUGGCUGGACGGCGUCAACUGCUCCGGGGCCGAAGCCGCUCUCUGGGACUGCCCGGCCGGGCCCUGGGGGCGGCACGACUGCGGGCACAAAGAGGAUGCCGGAGCCGUCUGCUCGGAGUUCACGGCCCUGAGGCUGGAGAACAGCGACGGCUGCUCCGGCCGCCUGCAGGUUUUCUACAACGGGACGUGGGGCAGCGUUUGCUCCAACUCGCUGACUCUCGAGACGGUGUCGCUGGUGUGCAAGGAGCUGGGCUGCGGGGACACAGGGACCCUGGAAUCGCUCCUGCCCCAUGGCAGGGUGUCUGGCCCCACCUGGCUGGACAACAUCCAGUGUGGGGAGAGAACCAGCUCUUUCUGGCAAUGUCCCUCCGCUCCCUGGAACCCGCAGUCCUGUGUCGAUCUGCGGGAGGAGAUCCACAUCACCUGCAAUGGGCUGUGCCCACCGUCCCGCUGCCCCAGCAGCUCUGUGCCUCCUGCAGACAGGGACAGGAUCCGCGCCGUGGGAGGAGAGGACGGCUGCUCGGGCCGGGUGGAGCUGUGGCACCACGGCUCCUGGGGGACGGUGUGCGACAACGCGUGGGACGUGCAGGAUGCCGAGGUGGCCUGCAGGCAGCUGGGCUGUGGGCCCGCCGUGGCUGCCCUGCCCGAGGCUGCCUUUGGGGAGGGCACGGGCCCCAUCUGGCUGGAGCAGGUGGAGUGUCGGGGCACAGAGGCGGCUCUGCAGCACUGCUGGGCCUGGCCCGGGGACCGCGGGCUCUGCCGGCACAAGGAGGACGCGGCCGUGCGCUGCGCGGGUCCCACACGAGGCCGUGUGAGCAGCGGCGGGAGAGUCUCGGUGCCCGUCAUCGUCUGCAUCGUCCUGGGGGCCCUUCUCUGCCUGCUCCUGGCCCUCCUGGUCAGGCAAGUGCUGAGGCGCAGAGGCUCCAGGAGAGCUCAGCAGCCCUUCCCCGAGGCCGUGUACGAGGAGAUCGAUUACAGCCCGGUGUGGAAGGAGCAGGAGAGGUUUGGGCGCUCAGCAGCUGUGGGGGCUUCGCUGCAUGAUACCCACUGUGCAUCUCCCCAGGCUCCUCCUCAGAGGGGUCCCUGCCCCGGCUGCAGCCCUCCCCUGUGGCCAGUGAGGAGGAGGAUGCUGUGGGAGCAGCUCCAGACAGUCCCGUCCUGCCCCCAGGCGGCCCAGCGGAUGGCUACGAUGAUGCCAGAGAGGUUUCUGAGCCCGAGGAGGCUGCUGGCCCUGGGCAGGGAGCUUGGCAAAGGCCCAGGGAGCCGGAGGAGGGAGCAGGGCCCGGGGACUCAGCCGGAGGGGCGAAGCUGCGCUCCCGCAGAAGCGCCGGGGUCCCUGGAGCUGGAGGAGAGCCCUCGUCCCUGUCCCGGGGGAGCUGCGGCUAUGACGACGCCCAAGAGGUGUCUGUGGCACGUCCCUGUGAGGACAUCGAGGCCGUGGCACCGCAGGUCGGGGCACAACAGCCCCCGACGGGAGCGUGUGGUGCUGCCGCGGGGCCGCAGCAGCCAGGAGAGCCCUGAGCACCAGGACACUGUCUGCACCCAGGGGCGGCAGAAGGAGUUUCCUCUGGCUUUGGCCUCGUGCCGAGCCUCAGUGUCGCGGUGGUUGUGA